GGUGAUAAAUGCCGGGAUAUUUGAGGAACCGAUUCCCCGACCUGUCGGCCGAAGAUCGGGACGAAUACACGUGUAGUAUAUGUCGUGAAAUACUGGAUAGUCCGGUGACCACAACCUGUUGUCUACAGGCUUUCUGCGAGGACUGUAUCACUGAAUGGCUUCAGACCAACACUACCUGUCCAUACGAUAGGAAUCCAUUGACAACCGAUGGUCUAAGCCAAGCACCAAGAAUUUUGGUGAACACAUUGGGACGGUUCAUGAUUUGUUGCGACUAUUGGGACGUCGGGUGCCGUGAAAUGGUGCCACUGAAGGAACUGUCGCAGCAUAGGGUCGACUGUGGCUAUAAAAACUUAAAGUGCACAAAAUGCCAGUGCGUGCGAAUUGGGCGACACGACUGUAUCAAAACAUUACGUAAAAUAAAGCGUAAGGCAGAGACAGAGUUGUAUUCAUUACGUAUGGUUCGGAAUCGGGAAAGUGGAAUUCCCAAUGAGAUGACAAUCUGUACGAAAUGCAAACUCGUGCGGACAGAGGGACACGACUGUAUCGAUGAUUUACUGGCGAUUAAUCGUAAAACAAUGGCAGACAUCGAGGCAUUAAGAGAGGGCAACGAUAAUGAUCCUAAUGAUUAUGGUAGUCGUGGUGGCCCUGGCUGCUUUUCAUAUGGGUUACAU